GAAUGGGGAGCGGGAAUGGGUUUGUCGGGUUGGGGGCGAGGGCAGACGGCACUUUAUUUGGCGGCAGGGGUGCCGUUGAAGUUUCCAGUCUGGGCUGCGCGGGAGCUCCGGGGUAAGCCGUUUAAGGGGCCGAAGGGGCGCAGCAAGGCCCGCGGCCAGGGCUCCCCGGGCCGCGCCACCGCCCCCCACAAGCGUUGCCCGCCAGAGCCGCCUUGCCAGGGGGCGCAGGUUCAGCGAGAGAAGGAGAAACUAUGGAUGCCCUGGAAUGGGCUCAUUGUAAUUGGGAAGAGGAUAGAGCUCCUGGGAAGAAACACGCCAAGGCCUAGAAUGGGAGACCCGAGGUUUGAGGCUGAGUACUGGAGAUCAGAGGACGUGGGAAAGAUGGUGUCCAAAGAGAAACCAGAAGUGAGUCUGGAGGAGAUGGACAUGAAAGAUCCGCAGAGCUUGGCAAGCCUGUCACGGACUUUGGCACACCUCAGGAAAGGUGCUCCAGGAGAGGAGGCCGAAGGGAAAACAGGGGCUGAACCUAGUGCGGAGAUGAUAGCAGAGUCUAGGAGAGAAUCCGUGUCCCAAGAAAGGCCAGGGAUGACAGUGGAGGUGAGGAGGGGAUCUGCGUCUGAAGAGAGGUCAGAACUUAGGCAGGAAGAGAUGGAUGAGAAGGGCCUGCCCAGCAUAGCAAGUGCAUCACAGACUUCUGCAGACACGGGGAAAGACCAACUGAGAGAGACUGGGGAAAAGCAAGAAGAGAGAGAGGAAACCGGGGCUGAAGCUGGUGGGGAGGUGAUAGAAGAAUCUAAGAGGGAAUCUGUGUCUGAAGAGAAGUCGGACCUGACAGUAGAAUCCAGGAGGGGGUCCGCAUCUGAAGAGAGGUUGGAGGUGACAGCAGAGUCCAGGAGGGGAUCUUCAUCUGAAGAGAGGUCAGAGGUGGCAGCAGAGUCUAGGAGGGAGUCUUUGUCUGAAGAGAGGUUGGAGAUGACAGCAGAGUCCAGGAGGGAGUCCACAUCUGAAGAAAGGUUGGGGUCUCCAGAAGACAAGUUGGAGGCCAGUGGAGAGGAUGUAAGAUCCAGAGGGGAUCAGGAUGAGGAGCUGAGGUCGAGUGGAGAAAGUCUGGAGUCCAGAAGAGAGAAGCGGAAGCCCGCUGGAGAGAAGCGGCCCAUUAGAGAGAGGCGUAGGUCCAUCAUAGAGAAGCCUAUGUUCAGGGCAGAGAGGCGAGGGUCCACUCUUGAGAAGCCCAUAUUCAGGGCUGAGAGACGGGGGUCCACUUUUGAGAAGCCCAUAUUCAGGGCAGAGAGGCGGGGGUCCACUUUUGAGAAGCAGGGGUCAGUUGCAGAGAAGCCAGUAUUCAGGGCAGAGAGGCGGGGGUCCACUUUUGAUAAGCCGCCGAUAUUCAGGACAGAGAGGCGAGGAUCUACUUUUGAUAAGCCGCCGUUAUUCAGGACAGAGAGGCGGGGGUCCACUUUUGAUAAGCCGGUAUUAAGGGGAGACAGGCGGAAAUCCAGUGCAGAGAAGUCAAAGAUGCGAGAGAAACUAAGGCUCAAUAAAGAAAAUUUGAGAACUGGUGAUCAAAUGACAUUAGCUAUGGAGGAGCAGGAAUCCAGCGGGGAGAAUUUGAAGGAAGGUUCAAAAAUGGAAAGCGUAAGUGAAGAGAACAUUGAAAAAAUACAAGAGGCUACUAGUGACGAAAGAGUGAUUGAAGUUACCAAUGAGGAGAUGGAAAUUCCUUUUGAAAGUGUGGAAGAGAUAAAUGAGAAGCUGAAAGAGAUUGAAGAAAAGGCGGAAUCCGAUGAGGACAUCUUGCCUGAAGAGGAAGAAGAAGAUGAUGCUGGUGAAUCAGCUUUUGUGGGCAAGAAAGGUAUGAUAGAGGAAAUAGAGGAACUAGAAGAGGUCAGUGAAUGAGGCAGUUGGAGGACUGAAGCUGAGAGAGUAUUGAAAGUAAAAGAGGAAGAGUUACAGUCAAUCACCACAUUAUGGAUGCUGGAGGAGUAGAAAUGAGAGAGGAGAGCAGAGUCCUAGGAGAGAAGAGUGGGAAUCGAGACAGAGUUACUGGGCCAAGAAGAGUGGUGGAGAGAGAAAUGGGAGCAUUUUGAAAAGACAAGAGUGGGUGAUAAUGGGUAAAGAAAAAUCGGAUACUAAGUUCUUGAAAAACUGAGAAAUGAACUUGAGAUGGGCUAGAAGAACAUGACUGGGUGUACCUGGUGGAGAAGGAUGUCCAGCAGGAGUACCCAGCAGGAAGAGAGCAGGGCAAAGGAGAGAUACUGGGCGGAGAAGAUGAAGCCGGCGGAAGUGAGUGAUACUUCUGAAAGCAGCUCCUGAAAAAUGAGGGGCUUCAGAGUGACGAGGAGAGGAACCAAGCACAUUAAGAGGUGGGAAGAAAAAUCUGUGCCUUCCUGAGACCAUCACACCCAGCCUCUUCUAGUGACUCUGCAAGCUACGGAAUUAUCAGCUCUUAUAUGAGAGGCCUGCGUGGCACAAGGUUAAUGCUUGGGGAAUUUCCGUUAUGUGAAAGUCCCCUGGGUUGCACUGUACAGUGUACUAAUUAUGAUCCCAAUAACCAGAUUUCUGGAUGACAUUUUCACCUGGGAUAUCAAGACACAUUCCACCCAGGCCACAGAUGGACAAAUGAAGACAGAGACACCAUGACAAAGGCCAGCCACUUUGAACCAUUCCAGAUGCCAGGAUCCUACCAGAGAACAAAAUGGACCCUGUUAUCUUGGAGCUUACAUUAUCAUGGAAAGAAACUCACACAGAGAGUCAAUGUGUAAAAUAUUCUGAGAAUUUGGAAGAAAAAUCAAGCAGGGUAAGGGUGAAAGAGGGAAGCAGGAAGGUGAGCGCCUGGAGGGAUGGCCUUUCUGCUGAGGAGCAGAGGUUUGCAGGCAGGGAGGAGGAGCAAGAGCCCAGCCUGGAGUGGGGACUGCCCUGGCCCUGGCCAGUGGGGCUGGGAAACCACUUUCCCUGUGUGCAUGGCCCAGGGCUUGGGGCGAGGAACCAACAAAAGCAUUGAUGUGAAAAGCAUUUGUGUAAACUAUCACGCACUGCAUACAAGUUACUGUCUUUAUGUUGAUUUCCUCAAAUAUUUGUAGAGUGUCUCAAUCAUCAAGGAUUAUAAUUGUUAUAUUGCAA